AUUUUUAAAUACAAAUUAGGAUAAACUUCACUUUAAUGGCGAGGAACACACAAUACAUCCUUUAAAAAAACUGCGGAGUACGUACAUUUGGUAGUGUUUCGUGUUUCGUGUUGUCUCACCGUCAUUUUGAAGUUGCCGCUGAGUGCUGAGGGGCCGUGAUAGGCUGAGAGGCGGAGGCUGAGGAAGAAAGGAGCUGCUCUCAGUCAGUAGAGCAGUGCCGCUGGAGAGCUCUCCCAUCGACCACAGGCUCCAGCUAAAAAAAGACGUGACACCUAACGUUUUGUUUUGUUAUGUUAUUUAUUAAUUACCUACCGUUCCGUCACUUCAAGCAAGAUGUAACUUUGUCGACGCCACCUCCAGUAUAUUCAUGCAUUUGAAAAGAGCCGGGAGCGAGUGCGCAGAGACGAGAAGACGAGCUGUUCUGGCGAAUGGAACUUAUUGUGCAUUUGUUUUGACUAUGUUAUCCCUAAGUGAGUUUGGCUUCGGUCCGUCUCUGUCUGCCGUCGACCCUUGAUUUUUUGGGGGGAUUUACAUCCGAAUAGUUUAAGGGAGACACCGAAGGAGAAUUGUGCAAAGCCAGCAAGCUUUUGCUUACGGAGCCGGGGAUUUAAAUCGUCAUUUGGUUGUGCUCCGGGAGAGGCGAGAGUCAAAGAAAGAAAUUCAUGUGGCCAUUCUCUCUAUAGCCAAACAUUUUGGGGAUUGCAUAAUGAGCAAGGAAAGACCUAAGAGGAAUAUCAUUCAAAAGAAAUACGAUGACAGUGAUGGGAUCCCGUGGUCAGAGGAGCGGGUCAUGCGAAAGGUGCUUUACCUCUCACUUAAGGAGUUUAGGAGUGCACAGAAACGGCAGCUGGAUGGAGACGGAACCACAAACUCAAAUGGUUCUUUAGUCAACGGGCAGCUGAACGGCUCGGGCUCAAAGGGCGGCCACGAUGGGUCCUUGCACUCGCAGGGCCUGGACGGGAGCAGCAAGUACGGCGAGGAUGGCCCUCCUAAGAAGAGACCUCGACUACAAGCCCAGAGGAAGUUUGCCCAGUCACAGCCCAACUCGCCCAGCACUACACCCGUCAAAGUGGCCGAACCAGGCAGCCUGAACACCACUGUCCUGGCCGCUGUGCCCUCCUCAUCAUCCCUCUCGUCACUCUCCUCUUCAUCACUGUCCUCCUCCAUCCAGGACCUGUCAAGACGCAAGCCCAAGACGGAGGAUUUCCUCACCUUUCUCUGCCUCCGAGGUUCAUCGGCCCUGCCCAGCAACAUGGCCUACUUCGGAAGCUCCCAGGAGGAGGAGGACCUGGAGGAGGAUGAUGAGGAGGAAGAGGAGGAGGUGAGGAAUGGAGGAGGAAUCCACUCUCACGGUGGGGGGAGCAGCAGCCAAGCAUCAGCCUCCUCCUCGUGCCACUCGACGCCCCGCAAGGGCAAACUCCCCACUAGGCAGCCGCUCAACGGGCACGUGUUCAACAGCCACGGUAAAGCAGGGACCAGGGAGAGUCCGAGGCCCAAGGCAGGAAGUCAUGGCAGGGAAGGACCCGCCCCACCACUGCCACCUCCUCCACCUCCACCGCCGCCACUACUGAGGGAGCGCAGCGAGCGGGCGGAGGCACGGGAGUACCUGAGGGAGCAACAGGCCUUGGCCAGCAGUCGAGGCUCGACCAAUGGGCUGCCGACAAGGAGAGCGGCUGAAGAGCUACGCAAGCAGGUCUCUAAAGUGAACGGGCUGACGCGGGCAGGCUCGGCACAGGCUGUAAGUGGUGCCAAAAAGAGCCGUGACUUCCGACUGCCGUCCAAAACUGUGAAGAAGUACACAGCCACCGUGUCCAAGGGCCACGUCACCUACACCAAAGCCAAACAGAAAGAACUGGGCAAGAAAACCAAACUCAGCCACAGCAGCAACAAACACAACAGCGCCGCCUCGGCAACAUCGUCAGCGAACAAUCACAAUCAGCACAGCCAGCCAGCAGCCAGCAACGGGCUGGCCAACUCAGGAAAAGCAGCGGCACCAGCCCUCCACAGCAAUGCAAAAACCCGCAAACAGGUGCUACUAUCCAAUGGGCUGCACAAUGUGGCUGCCAGGGCCCGCCUCAACGGCAGGCUGAAUGGGCAGCGGCACAACACAACAGUCAAGGAUGACAUUCAAAGACAGUGCCAGCGCCAGCAGGGCCAUGCAGAAUGCCCUGGUCGAGAAGGACUGCGUAACUCCAAGCGGCGUCUGGAGGUGGUGCUUAACUCGGUAGGGGUUGGAGUUGUCGAGCAGAAAGCCAAAACCGCAGCGAACGAUGCCAAGAAGGCAAAGAUUCAACCGACGCCUCUGGAGACACGCAGCAGCAGUAAGAAGGUGGCCAAUCAAGACAAAGCUGCCUCCCAAACCACCACCCCUACCAAUCUUAUUUCUAACGGACAUGAAUCAAAAUCACCCCUCUCCCCUCAACAAACUCCACCUGCCACCCCGCUUCCACCUCCUACCCCCCCACUUAUACAAACCCCACCUCCCUCUACACCAGCAGCCAACGUGGAGCCGGUGAAUCAGCGACCGAAGCGGGCAUCAGCCGGCAAGCUGAUGUUGAUCCGACAAGCACAGCAGCAGCAGAGCAGGUCUCACGGUCGCAGCUCGUCCUCUUCCUCCCCGACAUUGGGCCAGAAUCACACACAGAACCCCAGUCGUGCCAGCACUACCUCAGACUCCCAAGAAACCUCUGUGUCCUCCUCCAACACCUCCUCCUUCACCUCUCCGCUCACUUCCUCCAACAGCCCCGGACAGCUCAAACCAGCAGCAACUCGGACCGUCGACCGGGACAAGGAGUGGGAGCGUGAGAAGGAGAUGACGCGGCAGAAGGAGCGCGAGCAGGAGUGGGAUCGCCAGCGGAGCGAUCCAGAGGGCUGGUCAGCACUGGGUGAAGCCCCCAUCUUCAGCCCGGCGCAGAGGGAGUUCUUGGACCCUUUGGUGUACUUGGAUGUGGUGAGGGAAGAGGCAGAGCCCGCUGGCAUGUGCCGUGUGGUCCCGCCUCCAGACUGGCGGCCAGAGUGCAAGCUGAGCGAGGAGAUGCGGUUUGUUACACAGGUGCAGAGGGUCCACAUGCUGGGGCGGCGCUGGGGCCCCAACGUGCAGCGGCUUGCCUGCAUCCGGAAGCACCUCAAAUCUCAGGGCAUUACCAUGGACGAGCCACCUGUCAUUGGUGGCUGUGAAGUGGACCUGUCACGUUUUUUCCAGCUCAUCAACGAAAUGGGUGGCAUGCAGCAGGUGAUGGACCUGAAGAAGUGGACCAAGCUGGCUGACCUCCUGCGUAUCCCCAAGUCGGCACAGGACCGGCUGGCCAAGCUGCAGGAGGUGUACCUCCAGUACAUCCUCUCCUAUGACUCACUCAGCGCAGAGGAGCGCCUCCGGCUGCAGGCCGAGGUGCUGCAGGAGAAAAAGAACCUUGAGACGCGUCGAGGCCCUCUGGAGGGCCUGUCGGACUCCUCGGCGCCCAGUGCGCUCGUGCUGCCACGCUACGAGCCCAAGAAUGGGCUGGCAGGUGGGAUAGUAGGAGGGGCGACAGGAAAUCACCGCACCAAUGGAGUGUUCCAUCGUCUGAAGGAGCUGGAGGCUCAGGUCAAAGCGGGCCGGCGCCGGCUCUUCGCUCAGGAAAAACAAGGCAAAGAGGACAAGCAGCACGGAGAGGAGCAGCAGGAGGAGGAGGACUGGGGAGUUCUUGGUGACCAGCACAAAUGUAUUUACAAGGGGAAAUCGGUGUCUUUGACUAACUUCUUCAGGAUAGCCCGGAACACCAUGACCAUGUGCUUUAACAAGGAACCUGGGGCUGCUGAGGUCGAGCAAGAGUACUGGAGGAUUGUGGAGCAGAGAGACAGCCAUGUGGCAGUGCAUUGUGGGAAGGUGGACACCAGUACACACGGCAGUGGUUUCCCCACAGGAAAAUCAGAGCCAUUUUCAAAACAUGGAUGGAACCUUACUGUCCUUCCCAAUAACUCUGGAUCCAUUCUGAGACAUCUGGGUGCUGUGCCUGGGGUGACCAUUCCCUGGCUAAACAUCGGCAUGGUCUUUUCUACCUCAUGCUGGUCUCGAGACCAAAAUCGCCUUCCAUAUAUUGAUUAUUUACACACUGGUGCUGAUUGCAUUUGGUAUUCUGUCCCUGCUGAGGAGAAGGCUAAGCUGGACAAGGUGGUCCAUACACUGCUUCAGGCCAAUGGCACCCCAGGGCUAGAGAUGUUAGAGAGAAACAUCAUGAUCUCUCCAGAGGUGCUGUGCCGUGAGGGCAUCAAGGUUCACCGCACGGUCCAGCGCAGCGGCCAGUUCGUUGUCUGCUACCCCGGUGCCUUCGUCUCUAAAGUAUGCUGCGGCUACAGCGUGUCAGAGACAGUGCACUUCGCCACACCGCACUGGAUGAACCUGGGAUACCAGGCUGCAAAGGACCUGAAGUGUCGCCGCAUAGCCAAACCCUUCUCCAUGGAGAAGCUACUGUACCAGAUCGCCACAGCUGAAUCCAAGAGGGACAACGGCCUUCUCCUCACCACCAUCUCCGCCCUACUCAAGGACCUCAGGAACAUAGAGAUGCGCCAACGGCAGGAACUUUACACGGCAGGUUUGCUCUCCUCUGCCCGCUAUGGCACCCAUGACGGCAGCCUGGGGCCCGGAGAGGCACGCAAGAAGCCCCGUGGGAAAUGGCUGGCACUGGAGUCUUCUGAGAGACGCUGCCAGAUCUGUCAGCAUCUCUGCUACCUGUCCAUGGUGGUCCAGGAGACUGACAAUGUUGUUUUCUGUCUGGAGUGUGCACUGCGCUUUGUGGAGAAGCACAAAUCCUGCAGAGGCCUUAAGAUGAUGUACCGAUACGAUGAGGAGCAAAUCAACAGUCUGGUGAACCAGGUGUGUGGCCGGGCCAUGUUAAAGAACGGAGGCAGCGGCGUUGGUAACGGUGCAGUCGUAGUCAGUGCAGCAGCAGCAGCAGCAGCAGGAGGAGGAGUGGACCCCUGCCUCAACCUCAGCCCCGCCAAAGCGUCCCCAGCAAAGCGAGGCCCCAGAAAGCGCGCCACGGUGGAGGUGUCCCUGGCACGCCUGUCCUCCAGCCACAUCCCCAAGGCCGCUGCUGUGUCCUGAGAGGGGGGGGCGCCUCGACGUCAUUGCCCACAUCCUGCCUCCACCCCUCCAUCAGCCCCUCCCAAAAUCUCCUGCUUUUACUUUUGACUUUAAAAAUCACUAUCAUCCCUCCCCUGAAUAUUUAAGAUUAUUUUUGAGCUUUGAAAACCCCCUCACCUAACCUCAGACCCCUUCUACAAAAGAAUCUCACCUCCCCCCUUAGUAUGACAGGCUUGUUUCUAAAAAAGAAAAGGAAAAAAAGAAAAGCAAGAUGUCUUUUUUUGCACUAGUGUGAAAGCAGAAUUUGUUUUUAUUCUGGAUGAUUUUAGAAUCGCCCCUUUCCCCUUUAAGUCGUCCUUUUACCACUUUACAAGCAUUAAUGUCCCAUGAAGACUUGAUGAGACCAGUGAUACCCUUUACCUCCACCUACGUCCUCCUUACACUGAAAUGGGUUACAUUUGUUACCUUCUUGUUGCAUCACUCUUCCCUGGCCCCCGUGACUGAGCCCCACCCCUCCUCAUCACGCGUCACUCAGCUGUGAACACGGGACAAAUGAAAGGCGGCCUUUUUUUUUUUCUUCCCUUGUUUUUCUUCGAUGAAAGUGACAUCAAGUAGUUACCCAAAGUUUUUCUCUGUCCUUGCUUUGAGGAAGAGGAGUCCUUUUUAAAAAUUGAUUUUAUUCUUUCUUGAUGCAGCUACUGCAUUUUCUGUUUUAAAAAAGGGGGGUCAGCGAUGCGAGGUAUAAACUUGAAAGACAGAUGAUGUUGGUUUAUUGUUGGUUGAUUAUGUUUUUCCAAGUUCUAUUUUGAAUUUUAGCUUUGUUUUUUGAUAGGUUUUUUUGCAAGAAGUCUUCUGUGUAUUUUUAUUUUUUUUGUCAUUGUGGAUGUUUCUGUUCGUCGGUGGAUGUGAGAGGGGGCGGAGCUAAAGCUGCUCACCUCACUCCCUGUUAGUAUGGAGGGACCUCCUUCGCUAGCGAGUGAAAACCGUGCCUGAUACUUAGCGAGGAGAUCCAUUUUAUUGGUGCUGUUGGUUAUAAUUACUGUAUAACAACACAAAAUUAAAAAUCUGGGGGGUUUGCACAUGCUAGCAGCUAACAGCUAGCUCAUGCACCCCCACCCCACAGGGCAGAAAGGCUGUCGGGCUUUUCUGGUUCUAGAUGUGCAAUCGUGUUAACAUUCCAUUCUUCCAGUCCUCUUGUUUCAUCUGUACCAGUAAACAUUAAUUAUUAUAUUAUAUUAUUAUUAUUAUUAUUAUUUUGUGUUUUUUACCUUUGUUGAUCUGAUGUGUUAUCUCAAGUAGAGCCACUAGUCAAAGAGUGUAAAAUGUGAAAUAUCAAAUCCAAGUUUGUUUGUUUUUUUUGGAUUUUGCAUUUUUCCCUUUUUCAGAUAUACUAUGAGUGAUUUUUUUUUUUUUAGAGAGAGGAAAAAGUCCAACACAAACAAAACAUCAACUUUUUUUUGUACAUAAUCCUGUAAAUUUCUUUAAAUACUUGAGCCUUUUUCUGGGGAUGAGGAAGGAAGGAAGAAAGAAAGAAAGGAAGGAAGGAAGGAAGGAAUGAAUAAAGAGAGGAAAAAGUUCCACAGGAGAGAGAGAGUGCUUGAUGAAGAAAAAGCCUUACAUUUCCCUUUCUUCAUCCAUGUGAGUGUGACGCUUACAGGGUCGCUCUGGUAGACGUGUAUAAAAAUUUUAAGUGCUGCUUAUAUCACUAAGAAAGAAGAUAUUGAGUAGCCAAUGACUGCCCCCCCCCCCCCCCCCCCCCCCGACCUAGUUUUGUUUGUUUAGCUUUACUUUUUUAAAGAAAAGGGAAAAAAAAGAGAUGUUCACAAAAAAAGUGGGUUUUUACAUUUUCAUUACUGAAAAUUCAACAAAAAUGUAGUAGCUACUCAUGUUGCACUGAGCUUGCCAGUGGUGACUGUCAAGGAAAAAUCCUAUAAUCCAGUUUGUUGGUUGUCGUCCCUCGCAGAAGACUGAACUGUUUUAGGACUAUUUAAUGAAAUACCAAGUUGGGUGUUUUCAACAUUUAAAAAAGUGGUUGUCAAGUUUUUAUGGCCUUACAGUAUAUUUUAUUCUGAUGGGAUUGUUUUUGUUUGUUUUUCAGUUCUCUUUUCUUGUCGUUUUUCUUCCAUUUUUCUACAGUAUAAACUACUUGCUCACAGUGGGGUCUCUGGUGACUUUAUUUAUUAGUGCCGCAUCUCGGCCUUUCCCUCCACUUGGAAAGAGAGUCUCAUGUUGGUUAUAUUGACAGUUUUUUACUUUUGCAGUUUGUACCUAAGGUUUAAUAAAAACUUACCGACAAUUCACUGUCACUUAUUUCCAA